ACUCUCUGCCCCGGGUAUAGGUGCAUUACCACGAAAGUGGAUGGAUGCAUUACCACGAAGGUUGAUGCACUACCACAAAGGUGGAUACACUACCACGGAGAUAUACUACCCGGAAAGAAAUAAUGAGAUAAAAUCAAAAGCAAAACAACGACUCCAGUUUUACUUUAAAAAAGAAGUAAAAAUUCAGAGAAGAAACUCUGAAGAAAGAAAAGCUAAAGAAACAACUCGCAAAACAUCGCUCAGCACUGAGUGUAAAUAG